CAAUUCAUUUAAUAAAAAGUUUCCAUAAAAAGAAAACUUCCUACAAUGUCCUCACCUCUCUAUAUCUUCCUCCUGUUCGCCGUCUUCAUCAGCCACCGUGGAGCCACCACUGAAGCUGCCGUCGAACCAGUUAAGGACAUCAAUGGAAAACCUCUCCUAGCAGGGUACAACUACUACAUCUUGCCUGUAGUUCGCGGCCGCGGAGGCGGAUUAACCAUGUCCAACUUCAAAAACGAAACCUGUCCGAGAAGUGUGAUCCAAGACCAGUUCGAAGUCUCUCAAGGCUUACCGGUUAAAUUCUCACCAUAUGACAAAUCAAGAAUCGUCCGUGUCUCAACUGAUCAAAACAUCAAAUUCUCUCCAACCUCGAUAUGGGAAUUAGCCAAUUUCGACGAGAGGACGAGUCAAUGGUUCAUUUCAACUUGUGGCGUUGAAGGGAAUCCGGGUCAGAAAACGGUUGGUAACUGGUUCAAGAUCGACGAAUUUGAAAAAGAUUACAAGAUCAGGUUUUGUCCUACUGUCUGCAAUUUCUGCAAAGUCAUCUGUAGAGACGUUGGAGUGUUUGUGCAAGAUGGAAAGAGAAGACUUGCUUUAAGUGAGGUUCCAUUAAAGGUUAUGUUCAAAAAAGCAUACUAGAUACAACCAAUUCCACAAUAAUUUACAAAUGCUUUU